UCUCUCCCUAUAUCCUUCUAUAUAUAUAACACCCACUAAGCACCACUCUUAAUAUAUUUGCAUGAUUCUCAUAAUUUCUUAUAUAAAUUUGUAGGAAAAUGACCAAGAUAUUUAUGCUAUUAUGUCUUCUCUUCUUAGCUUUUUCUGGAUUUGUGAAUGGCUCAAUGAAUAAGAAGGAGAAGAAUCAUGAUGAUAUUAAAUUGUUUGAGCUCAAGAAAGGUGAUCUUACUUUGAAGGUCACUAACUGGGGUGCUACACUUGUAUCAUUAGUCCUUCCUGACAAAAAUGGAAAAUUAGGUGAUAUUGUUCUUGGAUAUGAUACUCCAAAGGCAUAUACUAAUGAUACAUCAUACUUUGGAGCAACCGUUGGUAGGGUUGCUAAUAGAAUUGGAGGAGCUCAGUUUACUCUAAAUGGAACCCAUUACAAAUUAAUUGCUAAUGAAGGAAACAACACUCUUCAUGGUGGAACUAGAGGAUUCAGUGAUGUUCUUUGGAAAGUAGAAAGGUAUGUAAGAGAAGGUGAUCAACCCCUGAUCAAAUUCAGUUACCACAGUUUUGAUGGUGAACAAGGAUUUCCUGGUGACCUCAAAGUAACAGUGAGCUACAUUCUUGGAAAAAAUUCCCUAACCAUAAUUAUGCAAGCAAAAGCACUAAACAAACCUACACCAGUAAACUUAGUGAACCAUGCUUAUUGGAACCUAGGAAACCACAACAGUGGCAACAUUUUAGAUGAAGUUGUUCAAAUUUUUGGAUCAAAAUUCACACCUAUCGACAAAAACCUUAUUCCGACCGGAAAAUUUUCAUCGGUCAAAGGAACACCAUAUGAUUUUCUAAAACCACAAAUUGUUGGUACAAGAAUUAAUCAAUUACCAAAAACAAAUGGUUAUGAUAUUAACUAUGUGCUUAAUAAAGGAAAAUUAGAGAAAAAAGAAGGAUUAAAGGUUGCAGCUAUAGUUAUGGAUAAGAAAUCAGGGAGAGUUAUGAAGCUUAGUACUAAUGCUCCUGGAUUGCAAUUUUAUAGUGCUAAUUUUGUGAAGAAUGAUAAGGGAAAAGGAGGGUUUGUUUAUCAACCACGUUCUGCACUUUGUUUGGAGAGUCAAGCUUUUCCUGAUUCUGUUAAUCAUCCAAAAUUUCCUUCAACUAUUGUUACAAAAGAAAAGCCUUACAAGCAUGUUAUGUUGUUGAAGUUUUCCACCAAUGUUCCACAUGCUUUCUCACAAUUCUAAUUACUCUUUUAGUUCAGACACAUUUGUGUUCAUGCAAGUAAAAUUAGUAUUGCUACAUUUACAAUUUGACAUGUAUGCUUCAUCAAUUUUGUAAUAAUGCCUUAUACUACCUACAGUAUAGUAUGUUUGGACACAAUAAGUAAUAUUUGUUGUGGUUGUGCUGGUUUUAGGUGAGACUUUUAAAGCUUUUGAGUUCACAA